AUGGACACAAUGAUCGGUAAGACAAUCCGCAGCGACAAAGCAAGUGCACCGGCUUACUCGCUUUCAAGUCGAGUAGGAACUGAGGAGGAAGUGAAGCUAAGAAAAAGCCAGGUUCGUUAAUGAAGUAACAAAACAGUGGUUGAUUUGAAACUGUACUCUACCAUCGUGUUAAACUUGUAGACACCUGGGCCUGGAGCACACGCAGUGACGGAUCUCUCAGUUUACAACGAAAGAGCUCCCCAGUACACACUGAAGUCGCGAACAUGGUUACCCGGAGACUCUCUUAAUAAGCCGGGGCCGGGUGCAUAUAAACAUGAGGCGGUAAGGUUGUUUGACUUCCUUGUGGUUUUCAAGUUGACUAGUGGCAUUUGA